AGGAAGUGGAGGAGGAGUUUGAGAAUAAGGCCAGAGCGGGGAUUUGCUUUCCCCUGAGCUGCCUGUUCGUUUGUUCCUUUAUGGCUGCCCCGAACCCGAGUCCACUAGCUCGUGCACUUUUGCAGCAGUGUCUCCGCGCGCGGCUGCAGGUGAAGCCCGCUGAGCCGGGAUCCGAAGCCAGAUGGGUUGAGAUCCAGCGUGGUCUUAUAAUCUAUGUAUGUUUCUUCAAAGGGGCCAGUGAAGACAUUAUUCCCCAAAUGGUCAAUACACUCCUGAAUGUGAAAUUAAGUGAAAAUGAAGGUGGCAAAUAUGUUUCUGUUUUGGAUUUGCCAGGUAGUAUACUUGUAAUACCACAAGCCACACUGGGUGGUAAAUUGAAAGGAAGAAGCAUGCAAUAUCAUGCCAACAUUGAAAAGGAAAUUGGGCUAGAACUCUAUUCCAAAUUUGUGAUUCAGUGUGAAAGACAACUGGCUGCCAAUGCCAAAUGUGCAGAAGCUGGUGUAGUCCUGAAGCACGGCACAUAUGGAAACCGACAGGUAUUGAGAGUAGAUACAAAUGGACCUUUCACUCAUCUGAUUGAGUUUUGAGAAAUAUGUGCUACAGGUAACAAUAUCCUUAAUGCUACUGAUGCUAACGUUUGUGUGCAAAGAAAAUACUUCCAUAAACGUCUCCCAAUAAGUUCGGUCCACAUGAAUGUAUUUUUAACUACAUUAUCUCAUAUUUUCUUCUUUAUCAUACUUUGAAAACAAACAGUAAUUCUGUCUUUGAAAACAAUACGUUCCUACAGAAGGUUGUUUUGGUCCAUGAAUCUAUUUAGCCAACUGUUAAUCUAUGUAGUUUCUUUUCUGCCCUUUACCUAAUAUUUUAUGGUAUGAUGCUGAUAAACAUUGCUUGGAAUUA